AUGCCGGAACAAAUGCGACAGUAAGAGUUUCUCUGCAGUUGUCGUUCAAUGAUUAACAGAAGAAAUAGAAAUCGAAAGUCAGAUACUCCCUUGCGUGCACAGCAGCCGUGUAUGGGUCCGAACAUUUCGCCCAGCAGUGAUUUUCAGCGCUUAAAACUGCAGAGAUUUCCCAAAAAAUAACCGAUGACAGGCCGGACGAGAGCGGAUCGGCGCUUUGACAAGAGUUUAACUGAGAUGUGAUGGAAGCGAUUUGGAUCUACCAGUUCAGAUUAAUUGUGAUCGGAGACUCCACAGUGGGAAAAUCUUGUUUGCUGCGUCGGUUCACCGAGGGAAGAUUUACAGAUGUAUCCGACCCCACGGUGGGGGUAGACUUCUUUGCCCGUUUGAUUGAGAUCGAACCAGGCAAGCGAAUCAAACUCCAACUCUGGGAUACGGCCGGCCAGGAGAGAUUCAGAUCCAUAACCCGCGCUUACUACCGCAAUUCAGUGGGAGGACUCCUAAUCUUCGACCUGACAAACCGACGAUCUUUUCAGCAUCUAAAAAACUGGUUGGAUGAAGCAAAGAUGCACAUGCAACCCUAUCAGAUAGUGUUUCUGCUGGUGGGACACAAGUGCGACCUCGGCAACCUGCGACAGGUGAGCCGCGAGGAGGCGGAGCAAACUGCCUUAACCUUUGGGAUGAAGUACAUAGAGACCUCUGCCAAAGACGGCGUGAAUGUGGAGGAGUCAUUCAAUGUCCUCACCAGAGACAUAUACGAACGGGUGAAAAAUGGGGACAUAACCAUACAGGAAAACUGGGAAGGGGUAAAAAGUGGCUUUGUCCCGAAUGUUGUCCAUUCUUCCGAGGAGGCGGUAAAACCCGGUCGAAAGUGCCCAUGCUAGCUAAACCCAACAGAAUGAGGUGGGCCGAUCUGCAGCCAAAGAGAUGACCUAGACUGGAAUUUUAUUUUGACAUUAAUUUUCACAUAUUGUUGGACCAUAUUGCGACUGCCGUGGUUUACGCUUUUACUGCAGGUUCUUGUCUUUUUUUAGCAGCUCUGUGUAUCCUAUCUUCUUGUAUAUAAUUGCCACGUAUAUAAACGUAGUUUUCUUGUAUAAAUGAUUUAUCAUGUCUUAAAAACCCGUAAACACUGUAAAAUGUCAUGUACACGUCAACUGCCUUAGACUUAAUGCAUUAAUGUGCCUCCCGCAAAUAAUCAGUCAAUCAAUCACUCACUCGCGUUUAUUGAAAAAGCCAAUGUGCCGUUUUGGUGAUGUCAGUUACAUUGGAUUGUAACGAGGGUAACUUGAAUCGAUAUAUUCAUCCAUGCUUUUGCGUUUUCUAAUGUGCCGUUGAAAUCCAAGUAAAAUCCAAUAUGCAAGACCUAAAACAAUACAGGGGACGACUGGGAACAUUUGAUUUUCUGUAAAAUUUGCCAGACAUUGGAACAUUUGUAAAUGUUCGAAAAUUCCGAAAAAUCUAUUUAAGUUACGAAGGUACAGAUUUUCAUAUAGGCCUAAAUAUUUCGAAACAACUCGAUUUUAUGAGGAUUUCAUUACGGGAUCUAUAUAAGUUCAAAUUGUUUUGAUUUAGGUAUUCUAGCAAAAGACAGCGAAUGAAAGUUACUGAUUGCAAUAUAGCCUAACCCAUGAACAAGCUAAUGAACACUCGAACAUUAUCAUAAUGCAUCAGCGAUGCUCAUUAAAGUGUAGGGCUACCUAUGAUUCAACGACUGAACUACUUCGGUUGACUGUUAAAUUAUUUACUAGUGCAUAUAUGAAUUGCCUUGACACUGGAAAAUGUAUUGUGCCAUUUGAAAGACUGUUGGCCAGUUAUUAUGACAAGUUUGCAAUUAAAAUGAUACUGCUUGGUUUUGAA